UUCAACAGGUUCGUGAAGUACUUCGGGGACACCAUUAGAUGGCGCCACAGGGUCAUUAUCUGGCAGUACUGCGUAAACCAGCUCCUAGUCAGAGAAAAACGUCUGUUAUUCCAAACUUGGGACGGUCCGGACAGAAUGAACCAAACACGCAACAGAUUCGAUCCGCGGAACUCCAGUCCGGGAGGUGGGCUUAACGGUGACCUGGUGGGAAAUAUCCUGAACCAAGCCGGACAGAAUGGGGGACAGCAUAUACCCGACCCAACAUCGAAGACUUCGAAAGAAUCUGGCGGGAAAGAGAAUUUUUACAAGCGGACCACGCAAGCCCUGGCCGUUCUGCUCCUCACCACAGUUACAGCAGGAACCGGACUGCAUUAUUCCCAAAUGUCCAGGGCGAGCACGGAGUUCAGCAGCCUGCUCGACAGCCACACAGAUUUGGUGCAGAAGCUAGAAGGGGUGAAGCUGGAUUACUCCACCCUGCAGGAGAGGUACGUGGCGAUCGAGGAGCAGCUGACGUCAGUGCACGAUAAGUUUACCAGCCUGCAGGGGGCGCACUCGGACCUGCGGAGCAAGUUAAUGAGCGGCAUUCAGAAGUACCUCCCACAAGGGGACAGCAUCCUGAGAAGCAUCCAGGAGAACGUGCUGGAGAAGUUACCAGUGGAUCUCUCGUUCAACGACAAUGUCGAGUCCGUUGAAGCCAGCUCUGUUGCGGGGUACCUGGAGCAGGGGGUGGAGUUAGGUUCUGAUGAUUGGGUCCCUGUUUCUGAGGGAAGAGGACUGAUAACAGGACAAGAUUUGACAGCAGAAGUCAAAGACGACAAUUCAGGUUCCCUUAUAUCACGGGCUGCCUCCUUCCUGUCCAAACUGGGAGUUCCAGCUGUUGUCUUAUCGGUCUUCGCCUACGCCUUUAAGAAGCGAGGCAGCAUAGCAGGCCAGCUUAACAACAGACUAGGGGAGAAAACAUAUCAAGACUCUCUGAGCUCCAAAGGGAACAGGUUUAAUGAUGUGCUUUCAGAGAAUUUAGUCCCGGUGAAUGCGCAGAACCAACACAGUUCAUUCGUAUCUGGAAUGGCUGAAAAACUGCGUGAAGUAAACUUGUCAGCUGUUACAGAUAAACUGCGUAAUCUCAAAGGUAGCGACAUGAUGAAGAAACUGUACGACAAGAGCCCGUUUUACAGAUAUUUCGGUGCUAGGGGAGAUACGAAGCCACUGUCUACACUAGAGAAACCCACGCCAACUUAUCCUGAGCAUCUCGAAGAACCAGACUCUGCCUAUUCGUCUAGUUUCGAGAAACCCACUCCAACUUAUCCUGAGCAUCUCGAGGCACCCACCCUUGCGUAUACUAAACAUUUAGAACACAAAGCCCCCACAUUUUCUGAACAAUUCGAAGAACCAGACUCUGCCUAUUCUUCUAGUUUCGAGAAGUUUGCCCCAGUCUAUUCAGAGCGUUUCGAGAAACCAGCUGUGGUGUUUUCUGAUCGCAUCGACUCUGUGGAAGCCAGACAGCAGCAUUCUUCAGUAGAUUCCAGCAAGGAUCAGUCUCCAAAAGACGGAGUGGUUCUGGACCCCUACACGGCGUACCCCAAACUGAUACUGUCCCGGGAUGGAAAGCGGCUCCGACUGGGCGAUGAAACGCGGGCCGUCUCCGACGACAACCCCGAGAGGUUCGAUUACUGGGAAUGUGCCGUGGGCCAGGAGGGCUUCACCUCAGGGCGCCACUUCUGGGAGGUGGACGUGGGGGAGAACCAGCACUGGAAGCUGGGAGUCGCCAGAGCCUCUGCCCAGAGGAAGGGGGAGUUCAGCAUGCUCCCCCGGGAUGGGUACUGGACUCUGUGGUGGUACGGAGACCAGUUAUGGGCCCUGACUGACCCCCUGACAUCUCUAGCCCCGGGGUUGAAGGUCCAGAAGGUGGGGGUCAGUCUGGUGUACGAUGAAGGGCGGCUCUCCUUUUACGACGUAGAGAGCGGAACUCUUCUCUAUACUUUCACUGACGUCUUCACCGAGAAGCUUUACCCAUUUUUCUGGACCUGGGAUACGAGCACAGAUCUUGUCAUACUGUAAAUCAGAAGUGUGUUAUGACUAGAGCAUAUUAUGUGUUUAGUGUAUUCAUAACGGGUUAUAAAAAUGGAAAUCAAGCUCACAUAAUCCUAUAUAUGGGUCAAAUACUUCUUCCGAUUUAAUAUGAUUUCAGUAACAUCUUUUUAGAAGCCGUCAAUCAAAAACAUCACGUCACAGCGAGAUUUCUUAUCGAGCUGUAUUUUCAAAGCUCCGAUUCCAGCCUUUAAUGAGCUCCGACUUUUUUAAGGAGACAAAACAAACACCCCUAGUGAACCACACUAGAAGGGAACAGCUAAUCUGUUUAUAUAAUCAUUAUGAUGAUGAUGAUGCAGCUGCAGAAUGUGGAGAAUCUGUGGAAGACUGCGAAUUCCGCGGGAGACUUCCAAUUCCGCGAUUUUCCGAGGAAUUCCGUUACCCGCAGAAUUGCACUGCCUGUGGUCUUGAGUCAUUUGAAACAUCUUUCUAAAAUGACUCAUUUUCAUAAUCAACAUGCUAACUGCCUUGUUCUGCAUAGUUCUCAAAGCUUUGGGUGCCCCAGUUUUUAUUUCUACACUAUGAAUUCCGAAGGUACACUCAAGCUCUUUUGAAGAGAGUGAACAAAAAAAAUAACCAAUAAUUUUGUAAGAAUUAAAAGACAGCAGACACCAAAUGCUGUCUGCCCAUUACAAACAGCAUUGAUUGUGUUUAUUAAUAUAUAACUCAUUUUCCAUAUACAGCCUAAGUAAUAAGUAAAUUCAAUUCUAAACAAGAGCUAACUGUCCGAGUGCACACAGAGUCAUAUGGUAGCUCAAUUUAUUAUUAUUAUUAUUAUUAUUAUUAUUAUUAUUAUUAUUAUUAUUAUUAUUGGUCCAGGGAAAAUAUAAAUCUAUCCAGAUUAUUUUGUUUAUCUGUUAUCUGUAAAUAUCUAUUUUCUUUUUGCCUUAUUUUAAAUUAAACUUUUUUGUGUGUGUGUGAAUUCAGUGGUACCGUGAUUAUACUGCAUAUUUACCAUUGUUUUUCUGAGCUCCAUAAGUGAGAGAUAAAGAAAGAAAGAGCAAAACUCAGACUUGAC